AACUUUCUGAGAUUUUCGUCUAGCUAGCUUGAGCAGUGUCCCCCAUGGCCAAACAAGAGUUUCAUGCUGUUCCACCUCGUGCAACACAAGGAUAGAAGAUCGUCAUUUCAGCAAACUGGAUGCAAGAAGCUUCAAUUCUGUUAUGGAGUAAUGCGAGACUGCAUGACACGCUCCAAAUUAGGGUUUCAGAAUGGCCAGAUCAGCCCUUGAGCAAUUGUUUUUGGGAAGCCAUGAUAAAAGUCCAUAUAAAGUAGCUGUACAAAGCUGUGAUAGUUUCAAGGAUUGCCAGACAGCCAGCUAGUUGUUGGUCUACUGAAUCCAUGCCAUGCUGGCCUCCCAUGCUACCGUCCAAAAAGACUUCUGCAGAGAAACUUCGGCCCUAUCCACCGAGAGUUCAGCAUUUGCUCCCAAGGUCAUUCUGCCAGGCAAAGCUGUGCCGACAUUAUUUCCCGUCAAUGUGGGCUAGUACAUGGAUAAGUGAUCUUAGGAAACUUCUUGAGGUAGCAUGGAAGCAAGACUGAAAGAGAAGCAGGCCCUGUCUGAGGUGAUCCGCAUUGGGCUCAACAGGGCCCAAGACCUUGAGCUCCUCUGCCAGAUCCAAAGCGCUGCCUUCGAGAACCCCUCCCUGGCCCGCCAGGUGGCGGCAGAAUGCAAUCUGCGGGAGGAGUGGCGAUGCACGCGCGAGGCAGCCGUUCUGCAGCAGAUGGAGGGGCUCAGCUUUGCGACAGCGGAGGAAGACCUCGGUCAUCUGCUUGCGGACAAGGCCCGCAGUCUGCUCCAGCGAUCGCCUUCGGGCGCUUCUCUCAGGAGCUCGUCGGCGUCACUUAGAGCCCCAUGCACCAGGGACUCAUCUCCUUACCGAACUGCACGGCAGAAUCGGAGUCCGCUGCAAAUAAGGAACGGGCCUCAGAGUCCCGACGUGGGUCGGAGAAGAGUUUCUAAGAAGGAUGCGAGGGUUUUGGAGGAGGGCAGUGUCAACCGCUCGGUGUCGCCUCUGUUGCGGGCGUCACGAGACCCGCAGGUCUUGGCCCUCGUGCAACUUCACAAGACGUUGCUGCAUGGUCUAAAGAGGCACGCUGCCUGCGCCGGAGAGAGUGCGGCCCACGUCGCUCUAGAAGAACACGUCCGAGCGGCCCAGGCUCAUUUUGCCGCCUCCCUCGCUGACGUCACCCAGGCGCUCGCUGACGUCAGCCCCGGCAGGCCGGAGUCCAAGCUCGGCGCAGCCGCCUUCGCGUUCGGAGACCUGGGCCUGCCCGCGGCCCUGGUUGCGCGGCUGGUAGACUUGAGGCGGCAGCAAGCUGCACGGACGGUCCAAAGGGGCGUGCGAAAAUGGUCAAGUGAUCGAAGGAGGGAAGCGGGAGAGGAAGAGCUUAUCCAACGGCAAGAAGCCUUCCGACAAAAUCGUGCCGCACAACGGAUCCAGGACGCCUUCCGGACAGACUGGCGCAAGCAGCGGACGCGCCUCGCCGUUGUCCGUUCCGUCCGUUUGCGCACUUCCGCUGGAAAGAUCCAGCGAGCGUUCCGUUGUCUGCUGCGCCGGCGGCGCGCGGCAUGCAAGCACCUAGAUAGAGUCGCCGCGCAAAGAGCUGCCUUGCGUCAAUGGAAGGCCGAUCGGAAAAUUGACAUUCUGCGGCAAAGAGCGGAAUCGGCAGCAUUGAAACGCGGGGAGGAGAAACGGAGGUGGUUCGCCGCUGUGCGAAUACAGAGCGCGGUUCGCAGGAUUUGGGCGAAGCGCGAUGCGAGACGGCGGCGGUGGGCGGUGGGCGUGUUGCAGAAGUGGGCGAGGGGGUGGGGGGUGCGGAGAAACAUGUGGUGGCACAGGGCCGUGAAGCAGAUGCGGGAACGGCGGAGGGAGGCCGCCAGAGUAAAGGCCCGAAAGCAGGCCAUUGCGCAGAGUUGGACCGCCGCCGAUCGCGCCCUCACCCGCCUGGCCGCGCUCCAAGCUGACGUUCGCCGCACGCGGGACGCGAUCGAGCGCGAGAAGGCGGGGUUUGCGGCUCAGUGGGCGCGCUGGCUGGAGGGUUUGGAGCGAAGCGCGUCGGCGCAACCGCUUCCGCGGGGGUGGCUGCGGCAGAGAACUUCGAGCACGGGGAAGGAGGGCUACGUAAACACGAGAACGGCGGAGAGUCAGGCGUUGCACCCGGCUCUCGUCGGCCUCCUUCCUGAAAUUGAGGUGCAAAGAGCGAAGGGGCAGGAGGGCUUCCGGGCACGGUUGGCCGCCCUCGAGGCGCGGCUCGCUCCGCUGGAAGAAGCAGCCGAAGUAGAACGGAAUGACGUUCUGAAUAUUGAAAUGCUCCGCGCUCUGGUCACUUGUACAUGAUUGUACUUUGAUUCGUCAAUGAGAACUUCUUCCAGUCUAAUUUGCAGAGCGCGUAGUCCAGAACUAGCACCAUCGAAGCGCCACUAUUUGCUAGCUUACCGUUUACCACGUGCAACUAAAGGUUCGUUCCGUAAGAUAAACAAUUACAGUGCAACCGCGCUUACGGACAUAUUCCCGUCAAACCGGAGCAUAUGUCCUGACGAGUCGUCUGCUAAGGAGUUUAUCAUUGUAAUUGUCAACGGUUACAUCCAGCAUCCACCGUCCAAUCAUUUCGACGUCAAGGUGGCCUCCAAGUCGAGGCUUCUCAAAGGCGUACGCACGCAUCAGGAG